UGAAAUGCAUAACAUUUAAAAGUGAAUUAAGCAACUGUGAAUCACCAGUCAUUACACAAAUAGCAAUUAAUAUAUAAUGUUUAAAAUGCACGCUUGACGCUUUAAUAAAAAAAAUACGUGGAUACACGUUCUUUUGAACUAUGACCGCAUAUUGAUAUUUAAGCGCAAUGAAAAUGUAAAGCGAAUCUUAAACAAAAAAAAGUUGAAAACCCAAACUGUAAAUUAAACAAAAACUUUUACUGCAACAAAAAUACCUCAACCGAGAAGCCACAAUUCACAACAGUCUCAUGUGGUAAAGUGACACUAGAAUGUGGAAGCAGUUCGAAAAUACCGAUUGCCCAACGAAACUACGAGGAAGCCCACGCUACUCCGAUAGGCUAUCUCACACACACACAGCUCCUCACCAGCGCAAGCUCAAACCCAGCUGCAGAUGUGUUUUCAGGGUCUAUAACGCAGGGACAGCUUCUACCGGGAAGGCGACCAUGUCCUCCGACUCAAGCGAGCCGCUCCAGUUUGACAUAGAAGUGUCCACGACCGAGGGAAACAGAGAGGCAGCGACGGUGGCAAAGUCGCCUCCGCCGUGUCCAGCUGGAGCCCUCGAAACUAGCGUCACGAACGACGCGUCCGGCGUCCAAAACCCUGGGCUGGAGUUCUUCUCUGACCUUCUAAACGCCAACACCAUUCCCACCCAACCGCUCGAGCAUGACGGCACAGACACAGGUGGAGCAUCUAAAGAGCCCGGCUGCCUGAGCGAGAUCUGGUACGGAGCGCCCCCGCCACCCGUAUCUGUAGUGGAAGCGUGCGACGAAGCGACCCGCAGAGAAGACGACGCGGAGAGAUGCGGCCCUGACGUGCGUGGCGACGCCGAAUGCGCGUGGACCGGCGCUGCCGGGGACUCGGACGCAGACGCUGACCCCGGCGAGGGCUCCAUGCCCCCGGCACCCUCAUGCAUCUCGCGCUGCAGCAAGCACGGCGCACACCUGCGCGUGUACUGCGCGGACGAUGGGCAGGUCAUGUGCGUGCGAUGCCAGAUCUCCAUGCGGCAUAACGGGCACAGGAUCCUGUCCGAUGUUGAGGCAGCGGAAACGAUGCAGGCCUCCCACCACGAUUGGCUAGAGAAGUUGACGAAGAGAAAAGAAGGGAACAUGCAAAUGAUUGAAGCCAUUAAGAAGACAUCCACCGAGGCAGCAGAGGAGGCGGAGCGGGCAAAGCGGCGUGCCGGCGUGCAGUACCAGGCGCUCAUCAGCCUGCUGGAGGACGAGCGGACGCACGUGCUGCGGCUCAUCGGCGAGCGCCAACUCGAGCGGCGGCGCCGGCACGAGCUGCUGAUGCUCGCGAUCGCUCGCGAGACACAGGGACUACAGAGUGCCAUUGAUGCGCUGCACGCAGCCGUGACUGCAGAGGCUUUGCCGCACCAAACGCUGCAGGCAUUCAAGGCUAUCCAAGAAAGCUUGAAAGGCGCGGAAAAAGAACCACCUGACAUCACGCAGAGUCCAAACAACGGACUGCAGGCGGUGUUCGAAUCUGAAGCGAAAAUCUCAAAACUGCUCAAGGCAUUUGAACCAAAGCUAACGGAGGUGACUCUUGACCCCGAGACGGCGCACCCCAACCUGGAGAUCUCUGCGGACGGCGCGGAGGUGCGGUGCGUGCGGAGGCGCCGAGACGUGCCCGAGGAACCGGGCCGCUUCCUCUCCACCCUCAACGUGCUGGCGUGCCGUGGCCUGCCCGCCCUCACCCACCGUGGCUGCUGCUACUGGGAGGUGGUCGUCGCCGGCAAGACCGGCUGGACGGUGGGCAUGGCGUACGCAUCGGUGCCACGCGUCGACUGCAGCCGGCUGGGCCGCAACUCCGGCUCGUGGGCGCUGGAGCUGCACAACGGCGUCUACACGGCGUGGCACGGCGGCGUGGCCGAACCGCCGCUGGCGCUCGCCGUACCCAAGCCCACCGUCGUUGGCGUGCUGCUCGUCGAGGGGGCGGGGACGCUGGCGUUCUUCGACGCCGCCAGCAUGGCCCUGCUCCACGCGUUCCACGCCCGCUUCCUCGAGCCGCUCUACCCGGCGCUCAACCCACACAGCUGUCGGGAGCAGCGCAACACGGCGCCCCUGAGGCUGGUGGAACCGGACCGCGCGCAACACUCCGAUUCCGCCGCCACCGCCACUACCGCCGCCGCCGCCACGAAGCCAUCGUUCAAGCUUGUGCUGUCUGGCCUUUUUAGCUGACUGUCGGCCCGAGGGAUAAAAAAUGUUCUUGUUUAAAUGAAGUUCCUGAGCAGGGGUUCCAAAGGCUCAAACCAUGAAUGAGCCAGCAACAACAGCACGAUCCAAGCUGUAAUAAUAAAUAAGAGUUAACAUGAAAGCAGUGAAGUGGCUCGGGGUGGAACAACACCAUACCGAAUCACUGAGCUCCACUGCUCAGAUCCUGGGUCGAAUGUGUAUUAGUUGCCUGUAAUUAAAAUACUGCCUGUGUAAUUAUACAGUGUACAUAGUCUCAUAUUGGUGGUUUUAACUUAAUGAAGCUUAUUAUAGUUGUAAUAAUUAGAAAUGUUCAGUUUGAUUGCCAUGUAGUAGAAAUGAGGAUAUCUGUGUUGUUCUGUCAUGUCACUUUCUAGAGACUAUUCUCUACCAGGGCAUGAUGAAUUGCUUUCGGUAAACGUUUCAAACAAAAUUGCCUUUGUCUCAUUGAAAGACCCAAUAUCGCAAAUAAAAUAUAAUUGGGGAAAAGAACAGAAGCAAAGACAUGAAUGUAGCCCAGGUGAGAGAUUUUCGGCAUUUUUGGCCAUCCAUAUGAGAUUGUAGCCAAAGAAAAUAAUGGGGGCAAAUAUUUCCUUCAGAACAAAUAAAUAUUCAGAUUCUGAUAUCACGGCGGCUUCACAUGGAGUCAUCCGCAUAACUCUGCCUUUUUAAUUUCCUCUUCAAUGAUUUACCAUCAGCUUUCUCUCUUUCCUUACAGUCCCCCAUCUUUGUCUCCUUCACGCCUCACGGCAAUAAAUAACUUUUGCUAAUUAAAAAAAUGGGAGGAAACUUUCCUGAAGCAGUAUUUUAAAUGGCUCCUCUUUCGCCCCCCGAUUGCUCGUGUUCUUUUACGUGAUUCACACCACGCCGACGACGUGUGCAUGCGCUGCGACACAGUAAACUAUUUAAACUUAUUUUUUUUACCCGGUAAAACCCACUGAGCUAUACAGAUCUUUUUCAGUUAGCUCAGCAAGGUGGCUCAUCACGUGGAAAGGUAUCGCAGCCAAAUACUAAAAAUGCACGUUGAUUCUAAAUGUGGAGGGAAAAGCCGGAGGACCCGGAGAAAAAUCCACACGGCCACGGGGAGAACAUGCAAACUCCAAAGGGUAACGAACCCACGUCCUCCUGCAUAUCAGGCGAGGUAGUUAACAUCUCGCCACCGAGGCACAGUAGCUGACACACCAAGGCCUGUCGUGGGCAGGGAUGGACAGGAAUUCCUGGGCCAGGAUCCACUUACACGUGGAUACAACCGACACUCCGAGCCUCUCUCCUCCUGCCAGCCCACAAAUAGACACACAACUGCAUUGCAGCCCGUAGGAUGCAAUAUCACUGUACUCUCAGUUCCACGUGCUGUAGUUUAUUUGAGACACUGAAGUUUCCCGACAGCCCAAUGUAAAAUUAAGUGGUGCAAAAAUGUUCUAUUUAAAAGCUGUUUACACCAAGCGGUUGGCUCUUACAGCACUUAAUUUUAUGAAUUAUGUCAUGGCUUCAAGCGUACAGUAUUUUUAUGCACAGUUAUUGACGGUCGCGGGCGAUUCAUUACAUUUUGGAACGCGCGUCUGAUUUCCCUCAUUCUGUAAUUGGCCAUUGCCGCAAUCAAACUGAUGACUGGACAACAUGAAUCUUCUCCUGGCCUCAACGUUGAAAUAAAACAAUU